CCAUCCCCCUUCAUUGCGCGCCUCUUUACACUCCCGCCUCGUUUUAAGCGAUUCUUCACUUCAUUGCGCGGUGCUUGUCUGCUACACACAACACCUUCAGGAUGCUGUCAUCGAGGCUAAUGCGAAGCGCCGUCCCGCGAGCCACAUCGACCUUCAGAUCAUCAGCAUACAGAGCGCCAUUAGCAUCCCAGCGGAGAUGGGCGACCACAGAGAACACGCAGGAGAGUGGCGAGAGAGUGAAAGGGCAGGUCAUCGGUAUCGAUCUAGGUACUACCAACUCGGCUGUGGCGUUGAUGGAGGGCAAGCAGCCUAGGAUCAUCGAGAACGCCGAAGGUGCACGGACAACUCCAUCAGUUGUCGGUUUCACAAAGGAGGGUGAGCGGUUAGUAGGUAUCGCCGCGAAGCGCCAGGCCGUCGUCAACCCCGAGAACACCCUCUUCGCCACAAAGCGUCUCAUCGGCCGCAAGUUCUCCGACGCGGAGGUACAGCGCGACAUCCAGCAAGUCCCUUACAAGAUCGUCCAGCACACAAACGGUGACGCAUGGCUUGAGGCGCAAGGUCAGCGCUACUCGCCUUCGCAGAUCGGUGGUUUCGUGCUUGGCAAGAUGAAGGAGACUGCGGAAGCCUUCACCGGCAAGCAGCUGAAGAACGCUGUCGUGACGGUUCCCGCUUACUUCAAUGACCAGCAGAGGCAAGCAACCAAGGACGCCGGCCAGAUUUCCGGUCUGAACGUAUUGCGUGUUGUCAACGAGCCGACUGCUGCCGCGCUCGCCUAUGGUCUGGAGAAGGAUGCGGAUCGUGUUGUUGCCGUCUACGACUUGGGUGGUGGCACUUUCGAUAUCUCCAUUCUCGAGAUUUCGAACGGUGUCUUCGAGGUCAAGUCCACCAACGGCGACACGCAUCUUGGUGGCGAAGACUUCGACAUCACCCUCGUCCGCCACCUCGUCCAGCAAUUCAAGAAGGAGCAAGGCAUUGAUCUCUCCAACGAUCGUAUGGCUAUUCAGCGUAUCCGCGAAGCCGCGGAGAAGGCGAAGAUCGAGCUUUCCUCCUCGCUACAAACGGACAUUAACCUGCCUUUCAUCACCGCCGACGCUUCCGGACCAAAGCACAUCAACUCCAAGCUCUCUCGUGCCCAACUCGAAGGCCUCGUCGAGCCCCUCGUCAGCCGGACAAUCGAGCCGGUGCGGAAGGCGCUUAAGGAUGCCAACGUGCAGGCCAAGGAUAUCCAGGAGGUCAUCCUGGUCGGCGGCAUGACCCGUAUGCCAAAAGUCACCGAGGUGGUCAAGAAUCUGUUCGGUCGUGACCCUGUCAAGUCCGUCAACCCUGACGAGGCUGUCGCCAUUGGCGCUGCCAUUCAGGGCGCCGUUCUCUCUGGCGAAGUCACUGACCUUCUACUCCUCGACGUUACUCCGCUCUCACUAGGUAUCGAAACGCUCGGUGGUGUCUUCACUCGUCUGAUCAACCGCAACACUACCAUCCCUACUAAGAAGUCUCAGACUUUCUCGACUGCCGCCGACUUCCAGUCUGCCGUUGAGAUCAAGGUUUACCAGGGCGAGCGCGAGCUUGUCCGUGACAACAAGCUCCUCGGCAACUUCCAGCUCGUCGGUAUCCCGCCAGCGCACCGUGGUGUGCCACAGAUCGAGGUCACCUUCGACAUCGACGCGGACUCGAUUGUGCACGUGCACGCCAAGGACAAGUCAACCAACAAGGACCAGUCCAUUACCAUUGCUUCCGGCUCUGGCCUCAGCGAUGCUGAAAUCGACAAGAUGGUGCAAGACUCGGAGCGAUACGCCGAGACCGACAAGGAGCGCAAGGCUGCCAUCGAGGCUGCCAACCGGGCCGACAGCGUUGUGAAUGAUACUGAAAAGGCGCUGAAGGAGUUCGAGGACAAGCUAGACAAGACCGAAGCCGACCAGAUCCGGGAGAAGAUCACGAGCAUGCGCGAGAUCAUCGCGAAGAACCAGAGCGGCGAGGGCUCGCUCUCCGCCGAGGAGCUGAAGACCAAGACCGACGAGUUGCAGACUGCCUCGCUUACGCUGUUUGACAAGAUGCACCGCGCCCGUAGCGAGCAGAGCUCUGAAGGCCAGCAGUCAGGCGAGCAGCAACCGGGUGGACCGGGCAGUGAGGGCGAGAAGAAGCCAUGA